AUAUAUUCUCCACUCAAUAUGGCAGCCCAAACAAGUGUACUUGUAUCCCAGAGAAGAAUUUCACAACCGACAAUGAUGCUCACAUCACUAAGCAGCCAACCUGUUGAUGAGAGUAUAAUCAGGGAACAGGUUUUGUCGAUUCACAACUAUGAUGGUAGAGAAUUUAACACCAACUCCAUUUUGAGCAUGGCAGAAAAGGCUCUCAGCCUUGAAAUGGGUACUGCUCAAAAAGCUAUGGUGGAGGAGUUGAAAGAACUAGAAGAGCUCGAUAGUUACAAGCAACUUCCACUUCAUAUCAAACAACUUUCAUUCGAGAUAGCUUCCGGUGCAAUUGCAAAUCGACACUCCACCACAAUUCGUGUACUCAGCAUUUUGUCUCCAUAUUCAUGGGAGGAUAAGUUAGUCCUUAUGAUUGCAGCUUUCUCCAUAAUUCAUGGAGAAUUCAUCCUUAUUUCACGACUACUGCAAAAAGGCAAAGGAUUAGCCUGGAAGUUGGCACAUCUGAAACAAACUAGUCAUUGUCCAAUUCCAACACCAUUAUCCUCCGACAAUAACAACCAAAGAGAAAUUGAGGAUUGCUGCAUAAUUAGUUCAGCCAUAGAACUGACAAAAUGUGUGGUUGAGCUGAAACAAUGGCUAUCUUACUCCCCUCCGCAAUCUGUAAUUUCGGCCUUGCCAAUGGUUGCCUAUUGGAUAGGCAGAAAUGUUGUUAACUGUGCCGCCUAUCCCUGUGACCCUCACUUCAAGGUUCAAAAUGAACAUAGGGAAAUAACCACCUUAAUGGCUAUUUUCUCUACAGAACUAGCAAAGAAAAAGGAGGAAGAAUCUUAUGAAGCAUUGCGAAAUGCAUUAUAUCACGACACUUCUAAUAAUUUAGAAGUUUUCAAAUUAAUGUUUAAUGUUAAAGAUGAUGAUGAGAUGAUAUCUCGUGGGUCGGCAUUAAGGGAUUGGGAAAAGAGAUUAGUGAUGCUGCUAAUAACAUCAGGUGUUGGCGUCCUUGAAGAAUGGAUUCAUUUUUUAAAUUGGUUUGACUUCAACUCAAGAGCAUAUAUUAUUUGGAUCCCAAUCACACAGGAUGAUGCAUCAUGGAGCACUGAGUAUGAGCAACAAUGUCAUAAAGUAAGAAACAAGAUGUGGUUCUAUUGGUUGAAUGAUCCACAAAAAAGGAUGAGGCCACAAUUCACAAGAUUUGUUAAGGAAGAGUUGUUUAAAAUGAGAUGGAGAGAGGAACCCAUAAUUGUUUCACUUGACCGACGAGGAAGAAUUGCUCACUCAAAUGUCAUCCACAUGAUGCUCACCUGAGCCCCUGAUUAUAUUCAACAAGAUACAAUAGGGGUAAAGAUUGUUCCACAUAAGA